AUGGACAGAAGAUUAGCAGUUCCAAGUGGGAGACUGGCAGUCUCAAGGCGUGCCCACGCCUUGACAAAAAUUCUUUUGAGUAGCAUUAAGAGGCAAUGGUCAGAAGACCAUGUCCUCCAAGCACGCCGCCCACCUCACACCGCCAUUAUCGCCGCGUGCCGCCACCUUCCAUCGCUGUCCGCCGCCGCUGCUCCCUCCUCCUCGCGCGACCCACCAGAUCUGGUCACCCAUGACCAAGUAGCGCGCACCAGCUCGCGCCACCCCCUCUGCCAGGCGCACGGUCCUCCCUCCAAACCCCGCGCGCACCCAGUAGCGCGGUUCUGCUCGUCGCGUCAGCUCACCCAGCUCACCCAGGCUAGCAGCAGCGCGCGCGACCCUGAGUCCGCGGCCCUAGCAGUGCGCAUCCUCGAGAGACCCAGCAACCCAGCGCGCGCGACCUACCUGCGCGUCUGCUCCAGCCGCGUAUUCCCACUCAGCCAGCAGCCCAUCUCGCGCCCAGCCACGCCCAGCAGCAGCACAGCGCGCGCGGCCUGCCCAGUUCAACUGCCGCGCGCCUUCGUCACGCAACGCUCUAGGCGCGGCGCACCGCCCUCCGGCUCUUUUUCCCCUUCGCCGUGCAUCACUUCCACGGCCUCCUCCAGCGUGGCCCAGAAAUUAAAAGUGGUGAAAACUGUUGGGCCGUCUGGGUCCCAACCUCGUAAGAGACGAGCCCCGGUUCAACCCCCCAUUCGAUCCCGUUUGGGCCUAAAUAAGAGCACCAUGUCUCCUGAGGAGUGGGGGGAACCGGUCACUAACCUUACAAGGGCACAACAAGACCGGUUCAAUAGCUUGGUCCACUGUCCUUUUGCUCCCUUGAGGAUACCAUUGCAUCCGGAGCAUAUAUUAACAGUGCUUGUGACUACACCAAACCGUUCUCUACUGAGUAUAUUGACAUCUGGAGGGAGUAGUCCACGGAUCGGCAACUUUACAAUCCGAGUCAGUCCAAUGCCUCUCAUCUGAAGGACCCGGUCUUGAAGGUUAUCCACAGGUUCUUGGCUCACAACUUCUCGGGGCGGAAGGAUUCCUCCGGCACUCUUACCAAGGUAAAAUUUUAUUUUCUUUGGUGCAUGCGAAACAGAGUUCAAGUUAAUUUUGGAUGUUGGGUAACCACUCAAAUGCAAUCAGUCGUUCAAAAGCGCAAUAAACCGAUUAUUCUGGGCUCACUCAUUACCCAUUUGGCCAUUCGAUUGGGAUUGCUUGACCUCGACAAAGAGCACAACUUCACUCUAGCUCGGGAAGUUGAGCCACUAGAUUUGCGCAGUUUGGAGCGGAUGGGGGUUAUUUUCAAUGUAGGAGAUGUCUAUCAGUUUACGCCCCUUGGCGAGGGCGAGCCACAGCCCCGGGUUCCUCUGCCUGCCCCUUCUACAGGGUCUCCACCCCAUCCGGAUCAGGUGGGUCCGUCCUCCUAUUAGACUCCUCCUGUUUGGGAGUCCCGUUACCAAAAUCUCCAGGAUUCCUUCGAUGAGCUAGGCACCCAGGUGGCAAGAUUAGAUGGCCGUCUUGCAGCGCAACAGGUCUUCGCCCGUAUUCAGGCAGAGAAUCAAGCGGCCUUCUUCGCUCACAUCGGAUUCACCCCGCCUCAUCCUCCUCCACCUUAGUGUCUCGGUGCCCCCUCUCGGUAGUCAGGAAAAUUUCUCUCCGUAUCACCUACUACUUCAUUUGUCAUUUAUACAUUGAGGACAAUGUCGAUUUUAGGUAUGGGGGGGAAGGUUGCUAUUAUUUCUUUCUACUUCCAUUGUUUCCUUUUAUUCAAAAAAAAAGGGGGGGAACAAUCAAAAAAAAAAGUGGAAAAAAGAAGAAAAAAAAGGGGUAGUUAGUUGACUUUCUGUUUGCUAUGAUGAAUUAUACAAUCAUAGUACAUGUGUGUGUGGUUAAAUAUACUAGCUGUGCAUUUUGUUUUCCCUUGACACUGUUGUUGAGAGAUGUUGAAUAUGCUGGAUUUACCUGUUCCUGAAACUUUUGAGAGGUUUCGAGCCAUAUAUGAGCAUAUUAUUCUUGUUUGCUCUAGUUUUGUUUGAUUGAAUGGGUAUCACACAUGGUAUUGGCAUUUUAGAACUUGCUAUUUUAUACAUGUCGAGACCACAUUUUGUUGAAUUGGAUGCAUUUGAAAUGAUAAGGGCAUUUAGGAUUUAACCUUCUUUAGCUAUCUACAAACCACGCCCUCAUCUUAUCUCCCAAUAGUGAACCAAUUUGAGCCUUUAUCCAUCUUUUUGUUUGUCAACCAUGUUUGAAACCCCGAGACUUUUUUUUUUUAGACUUCCUUGUGUUGUUAAGAGAUGUCUGAAACUUAUUGCGUAUUCAAGGUGAGGGAAUCAAUGGUAGCAAGUGUUGGUUGGCAGAUUUGAUGUUGUAUGGUGUUGUUUCUGUGCAUCUGGGAUCGGAAAAAAAAAAAGGGACAUUGUUAGCAAAAUGGUGAACAGCCGACUCUGGCUCUCAAGGCAUGCCCACGCCUUGCAAAGGUUUCCCAAAAAAAAAAAAAAAGUGAAAGUCAUCCCUUGCAUAGUGGGUAUAGCAAAUGGAAAUGCCUUGCUUGUGAAAUUCCCUGGUGAAGCUUUGCGGCUGGGAAGUGAAUAUCGGCAUUUUCUUGAUACAUUACACCCUACCUGUACCAUUUAUCCCACUUUUUGCCUAAGCCCCAUUACAACCCUAUGAAAGUCCCUUUGAUUAGUGUAUCUAGUUCACUUUGGAGUGGUGGGGAUUUGAUAAAUGUGCAAACCUAUGGUAAUGGCAUUCCGUGAUGUUGAUUUGAGCGUUCCCAGUAUUUAUACAUUCUCUUGAAACUGAUGAGUCUUACUGAGCACAUCUUGUAGUUAAAUUGCCUGUCCAGUACAUUCUCAUUUCGACGACCUUGUCGGGGUUGCGGGAUGCCUGUGUUAGUAUAAAUUACUACAUGACCUCUGCUCUCUUGGUUGUACUUUGAGCUCCGAAAUGCUUGAGGGCAAGCAUUGUCUAGGUGUGGAGGGAUUUGAUAGAGCAGUUAUUUGGCACAUUUUGCACUGUUAUUUUGUCCUAAUUUUGGCUACUUACUGUGCUAAGUAUUGAGGCUUUGCUCAUAUUUCAUAUUUGUAUGAAUUAUAGAUGAUUGGCGUUAAAAGUAAUCUCUUGAGGCAAAUUUCCAGAAGGCCCUUCAUCUCAGGGCGUGACUACGCCAGAAAAGGUAGAUGUUGCCGAAAAGCCGGAUCCGCGGGACCAAUAGCAGGAGAUCCAAUUAAGAAACCCGAUCUACGUGGACCCGAUGCGUGAGAUCAGAGCCCUUGGACAAAAAGCCUUAUUCCUAAUGCUUUUCUCCUGCGACGACUAUAAAAGAAUAGAAAAGCCAGAUUCACGGGGGGAAUCACUACAUCAGUUUUAGUUUUCUUUUUAUCCUUUUUGUCAGACACCUUCCUUUGCUUUUGUUUUUCCUUCGGCAGCAAAUUAGAGAGUGAGAUUGAUGUCAAAUCAAAACAGUAGCUUUAGUUUUUCUUUUCUCAGGCGCUAGACGUCUUGCGCCCUUUUGACUUUUGACUCUUUUGCUGGACAACUUCUUCGUGGCUUUUUGCUUUGUGAUUGCGGCUCCAAAACGAAUGCAAAGGCAGGGCCUUCUCUGUUGUUACUGCAA